CAAUCAAGACUGAGCAGCAUCGGUGUGUUCUCGCUGUGUUUUUUAAUGCUCUGAGGUAUUUAAGAGGGUGGAGUUAACAGUAGUGGCUCAUUUGAAGGUGUAGCUUGAGCAGGUUUUUGCUCCACAAUUCCUCUUUAAACACGACUCGGAGAACGAGUGAGUGAAGCUUGGGUUUGUUUCGUUGGUUAGAGUGUGAGAAGGUGCUGGAAGUUUUGGAGACUCAGCAGUGAUAAUACUACUACUACUACUACUACUAAUAAUAAUGAUGAUGACGACGAUGAUAAUGGGUUGUGUGUGAAAUGCGCUGCUGUUUCGAGUGUGAGGGAAACUGGAAACUCAGGGAAGCACAAGCGUGACCAUGCUGAAAGGGCAGGGGCAGGAGCAGGAUGCUCGACUCAGCCUUGACGAGAUCUCGAGCAUCUCGCAGGUGACCAUGGCUAACCGGCUGAAGCAUGCUUCUCUCUGGGUUUUGGUGCUCCAGACCACCUCACUGGUUCUGACCAUGCGCUACUCACGCACUCUGCAGUCCGAGGGUCCGCGAUACCUCGCCUCUUCCGCUGUCGUGUUCUCCGAGAUCCUCAAGAUCCUCACCUGCACCCUGCUUGUCUUCAGCAUCAACAGUUUUAGUAUUGGACGCCUGAAUCAGGUCCUGAAGGAGGAGAUCAUUCAAAAACCCUUAGAUACGAUGAAGCUGGCAAUCCCAUCAGGCAUCUACACGCUGCAGAACAACCUGCUCUACGUGGCUCUGUCCAACCUGGAUGCUGCUACGUACCAGGUUACAUAUCAGCUGAAGAUCCUCACCACUGCUCUGUUCUCCGUGUCGAUGCUUGGGAAGAGACUUAGCGUCUCCCAGUGGCUAUCGUUACUCGUUCUAAUGACAGGCAUCGCUUUCGUACAGUGGCCGUCACAUUCUGAGAAGGAGAUGGUUGCAGGUUCACAGAUAAUCGGCCUGCUCGCUGUGCUGUUUGCAUGUUUCUCCAGUGGCUUUGCCGGCGUUUACUUUGAGAAGAUCCUCAAAGAGACCAAUCAGAGUGUCUGGAUCCGUAACAUUCAGCUGGGUUUGUUUGGUCUACUCUUUGGCUUAAUCGGAGUGUUUGCACAGGAUGGGGAGAAGGUCCGGGAGAGUGGAAUUUUACAGGGUUAUAACAACGUGACCUGGGCUGUGGUAAUUCUACAGGCUGUGGGUGGCUUGGUCGUCGCAGCGGUCAUCAAAUACGCAGAUAACAUCCUGAAGAGCUUUGCCACAUCUGGCUCCAUCAUGUUAUCCACUUUCAUCUCUUACUUCUGGAUGCAGGACUUUUAUCCUACCAGUUUGUUCUUCGUGGGGGCCGUGCUGGUCAUCAUAGCCACGUUUCUCUAUGGGUAUGACUGGAAAUUUCGUGUGAACCUUAGCAAACCCUAGGACGAGGGAAGUGGUGUGAACGUGAUGGAGCAGUCACUGGAGGGUCUGCAGAGACAUGGAAUCACGACCAGGGAAGAAGAAGAAGGAAGUGGACAAGAACGCAUGAAGAUCAGGGAUUCUUAAAGCCUGUUCAUGCCAAGGAUGAUAACUUUAAUGAUAACGAUAAAAGAUAUAGUUCUAAAAAUCUUUCUAAAUAUAAAAGAGUCCACACCACAACUAUAACCAUGUUAUAGAUGGCACAGAGAAACGAAAUCGUUGGAAUCACUUUCAGAACGAUUUUGUCCUGCUGAUAAACGAUAAAAACAUUGACAGCCAAUCAGAAUCCAUCCUGCAUUAGAGCGCUCGCGCAUUUAAAGCAGCAGACGGCAUAACUGCAGCACCUGCUUAGAAUAAACAGAACGAUGUUGUGCGUUGGUGUGGACACUAAUAUAGUUAUCGUUAUCUUUAUAGUUAUCGUUCUUGGUGCGAACGGGCCUUUACUUGUGAUGAUCAAAUGUGACAAUAUAGCACUAUGCAAAGUUCCAGUUGGAGGACGAUAAAAAAAAGACGAGACUGCACAGUAUUAAAGACGUGAUGUAUUAUAUAUUACUGAUUGUGCCUGAUUAUAAACUUCUCACUCACUUAAAGUUUACAUUACAUGGUGCAGGAUUUUGAAUGGUUUCCUGAGGAACAUCUGUGUUUGCAUCUGUAUUUUCAUCAUCUGACUGAACGUGGUCAACAUAAAAGAUGGUCAAUUGCUCUCUUUUACUGUAAUAAAAGUGAGACGCUUUCGCUUUA